AUGCCCAAAGGUGAACUUAUCGACUCUCACGUCCCACUACAACAAUGCAAAAAGGCAGUCGACGCCCUUCACUCCCAUGAGCUGAAGAAAAAGGAAAAGUUCGAGGAGGGCCAACUUCUCCCCGCGAAAGAGCAAAAUAUUUGGCUUAAUGUCGUUGUUAAAGCCAUACCCUCUGGCCAUAAGCUGAAACCUGUUAAAAUACCCAUCGUGCACCCACUCGUCGACCCACGAACAAGUGCUGUGUGUUUAAUUACGAAAGACCCUCAACGCGAAUAUAAAGAUCUUCUCGAAAAACACAAUAUCAAAUUUAUCUCAAGAGUCGUUGGAAUCGAGAAGUUGAAGGGAAAGUUCAAGCCAUUUGAGGCCAGAAGGAUGUUGCUGAAGGAGAAUGGCAUGUUUUUGGCGGACGAGCGAGUAAUUCCUCUAUUGCCUAAGUUGCUGGGAUCAAAAUGGUUUGAAGCUAAGAAGCAACCCAUCCCCGUGUGCUUGACGAGAAAAGACUUGAAGGGAGAACUCGAACGAGCUAUCUCAUCUACUUACAUGAAUCAAAACCAAGGAACCUACACAUCUAUCAAAAUUGGAAAAAUGUCGCAGAAGCCUUCCCAAAUUCUUGACAAUCUUAAAACGGCUCUCCCAUCUGUCGUAAAAGCCCUCAAGGGAGGCUGGGAUAACGUCCAGAGUCUUAGCAUCAAGACCAACUACAGCGUCAGUCUCCCAAUAUGGUCAUGUUCUCUUGAUAGCACAGAAGGCGGAAGGUGGGAUGGGUUCCAGGUGGAGUCAGAUUCUGAGGAAGAUGAACAGGAUGAAGCAUCUGAGGAGGAGGAAGAAAAGGAGGUCGAGGCACCAAAGGCGAAGAAGGAUGUUGCCGGAAAGGGCAGAAAACGGGCUUCAUCGUCCGACGAAGAACAAGAGGAGGAGGAAAAGCCUAAGAAAAAAGCGAAGUCUGCCGACGGUGCCCCAUCCACUAAAGCAAAAUCUGCCCCUACCUCGAAACCAACAAAAAUGCCCCCCACUACAAUCGAUACCGCAUCAAAGAAACGCAAAACAACAGACCCGACGUUGCCCGCACCGACUGCUUCGCCGUCAGCCGUUCCUAUCUCCGCAGGAAAGAAAGCUCCCAAAGCGAAGGCCUCCUCCGCUACGACAUCAAGCGAACCUACAAUCGUCUCGCCUGCUCCGAAAGCGCAAAAAAUUCCCGAGUCAGAUACCAAAAAAGUGAAAAAGUCCCAGGCUGCGGCUACACCUGCCAUCGCUUCGCAAUCAUCAUUGCCUGCGACCUCCGAAGUGCCAUCGAAAAAGAAAAAAUCAAAUAAAUUAGACAUCUCCACUGCCAGUAGCGACCCUUCCCAAUCCCCUUCUGCACCCGACACCGCAACGCCGUCAGCAGGAAAAGAUAAAUCCGGCAAGGAUAAGAAAAAAUUAUCCAAGUCUGCUCCCGUUUCCGCCCCCGUUUCUGCUUCAGAGUCUCCCGCAAAGCCUACUCUCACGAAGGAAGAGCUAAAGCAGAAACGCGGCGCAGCUUCUGGAGAGAAGAAGAAAGACAUUAUCGCCAAAGCGAAAGGCGGGAAGAGCGCCAAAAAUGCUGUGCUUGGCAGAAAGGUCGCUCAGGAAUAA